AACAGCUCAGACCAAGAUGGCGGACUGAGUGGUUUUACAUUUACGUUCUAACAGCGAAUUUAGUCACAAAUACCUCACAUAUUUCUCUUUUCCUUAUCCAACGAAACGGAAGUUGAGUUUGGAGCGACAGAAUGUCUUCUGAAGUGAAGAUUGAGGACGUGAUAGAAGAUGGACGACUACUAUAUGCUAAGAUGGUGACGUCAUGUCAAAGAGAAAGUGAAAGAACUUCCAGCAAAUCACCAACGGAGAUGAAGAUAAAAAUCAAAGACGAAGACGUCCAACAGCUGAUUAGUCAUCCAGAAGAACUUCCCCUUCAGUCGCAAUUGGUGAGUUUCAUAUUGAAGGAGGAGGAUCCACAGCCCCCACGUAUCAAAGAGGAAGAAGAUGAGACACAGCCCCCUCACUUUAAAGAGGAAGCGGAGAAACUGUGGAUCACUCGGGAAGGAGACUGUCUUCUAGGACGAGAGGAAGCUGAUCCCACCAAGUUGCCACCGACUGUUGUCUCUGUGAAGACUGAAGUUGAUGAAGAGAAACCACAGAGUGGUCAUUUAGAAGAACUUCCAUCUCAGCCACAGGGCGAGUGCUCUGUUUUGCGUCCUUGGCCCCGCCACAUUAAAAAAGAAGAACCGGAGAAACUCUGGAUCACUCAGGAGGGAGAGUGGCUUCCAGGACCGCAGGAAGCUGGUCUCACCAAGUUGCCACGGACUCUUGUCUCUGUGAAGACUGAAGAUGAUGAAGAGAAACCACAACCAGGCGACCUAUUAGCGCCACUAUCAGAUAGUGAGACUGAAGACGAGGUUGGAGUAUCGUUGAGGGGCGAUACAGACUGUGAAGGUGAUAUGAGGACUCACACUGACCACAUACACUCUGAAUGCUCUAAAAAGAUAAGAGGUGAAAUUAGUUUCAGCUGCUCUGUUUGUGCUAAAAGUUUUUCGAAAAAGGGCAAUUUGUCUGUGCACUUGAGAACGCACACAGGAGAAAAACCAUUUAAUUGUUCAGUUUGUGCCAAAAGCUUUUCUCAAAAGAACCAUUUAUCUGAACACAUGACAACACACACAGGGGAAAAAACCUUUAAUUGUUCAAUUUGUGGGAAAACUUUCUCUCUGAAGAGCAAUUUGACUAAACACAUGAAAACACACACAGGAGAAAAACCGUUCAAUUGUACAGAGUGCGGUAAAAACUUCACGAAAAAGGGCAAUUUGACUGAACACGCGAAAAUACACAAAGGAGAAAAACCAUUUAAGUGUUCGGAUUGCGGCAAAGGCUUUUUACAAAAAGCCAAUUUGACUGAACACAUGAAAAUACACACGGGAGAGAAACCGUUUAAUUGUUCGGUCUGCGAUAAAAGGUUUUGCAAAAAAAGCACCUUGAUUAAACACAAAAGAAAACACACAGGGUAGAAAUAAACAUGCAAUUAUUUGGGAUAAAGAGAGCAGCUGCAGAGUUACAAUCAGACCAGGGUUUUUUGAGGAAGUGUCGGAGUAGUUUAGUUUAUGUUGCACUCCAGUCUGUAUGCUAUACAACUAUUUGUGUGGAUGCAAAUAGAAGUUGGCUUCAUUCUCAAGUCAUCUGGCCUCCUUCCUAUCCAGACAAAUUUACAAUAAAAUAGCUGCUGACACCCUGACAGAGCAGGAAGCUUAAAUACGUCACAAAUUAUUGAACUAUUUAUAUGUCACAUAAUAUUGGAUUCUUUCUGUUGUCGCACACAUUUUUUUUGCAAUAAAAUGAUUUUCAUUGUGACUUUUUUGAAGCUCUUCUUUUUUCCCCCAACUCUUAUCUUACAGGGGAACAUUAUCACAAUUUCAAAAGGGUUAAAAACAAUAAAAAUCAGUUCCCA